AUGGCCCAGGGCUGGGACGCGGCAUUGUCGGGGAUGACGGCGGGCAGCCGGUCGCGGAGUUCCAGCAGUGAGGCCAGCCUGGCUCCCCGCUGCCUCCUCAGCAAACAGAGCCGCCUGCUCAAUGGGGCCACCCGGGUCAGCCGUGCCGCUUCCCCCAUGGGCCGCGUCAUCCUCAUCAACACCCCCAUCGAAGCCAGCAGCAAUGAGAGUGACAUCAUCAAUGCCAUCACGGUGGAGAAGAGCGUGGACGGCAAGCUGGGCUUCAGCGUCCGUGGUGGCUCCGAGCACGGGCUGGGCAUCUUCGUCAGCAAGGUGGAAGAGGGCAGCGCUGCUGAGCAGGCCGGGCUGUGUGUUGGUGACAAGAUCACGGAAGUGAACAGCGUGAGCCUGGAGAAUAUCACCAUGAGCAGCGCUGUCAAGGUCCUCACUGGCAACAACCGCCUCCGCAUGGUGGUCCGGCGGAUGGGCCGCGUGCCAGGCAUCAAGUUCUCCAAGGAGAAGACGGCAUGGGUGGAUGUGGUGAACAGGCGUCUGGUGGUGGAGAAAAGCGGCUCAACACCAUCGGAGAGCGGCUCCGAGGAUGGGCUGCGGCGCAUUGUCCACCUCUACACCACCUCCGAUGACUACUGCCUGGGCUUCAACAUCCGCGGCGGCAGGGAGUUCGGCCUCGGCAUCUACGUCUCCAAGGUGGACCCCGGGGGGCUGGCGGAGCAGAACGGCAUUCGGGUGGGAGACCAAGUCCUUGCAGCCAAUGGAGUCAAGUUCGAAGACAUAAGCCAUAGCAAGGCAGUGGAGGUGCUCAAGGGGCAGACCCACAUCAUGCUAACCAUCAAGGAGACCGGCCGGUUCCCUGCCUACAAGGAGAUGGUGGCCGAGUACUGCUGGCUCAGUCGCUUGACCAAUGGGCAGCUGCAGCAGCUGUCUCAGGCCUCGGAGACCAGCUCCUCCAUCUCCUCCUAUUCCUCGGGGCCAGCGCCGGGGGUGGUGAACGGACUGGGGACGGCCACCCCCGGGCCUCCCACUCGCACCGUCGACGUAGCCAUCUCCACGGAGGAUGGGCCACGAGACGCGGCGCACGGGGCCGCCUCCCGAACUUCGCUGCUGGCACUGAGCCGACCCCGGCAGCCCAUCACACGCUCCCAGAGCGACCUCACUGUUGCUGAGGAGAAGCGGAAGAAGGAGAAGCCGGAGAUACAAGGGGCACGGGGGGCCCCACCAGGGCUGCACCGCUCCAAGACCCUCGUCAACCUCUUCUUCAAGGGGAGCCGUGCCACCAGCCAGAGCUGGUACCUGCACGAGGGCAGCGUGGAGGAUUUGGUGCGGCCACUGCUGGCCAUCCUGGACCGGCCCGAGAAGGUCCUGCUGCUGCGGGAUGUGAGGAGCGUGGUGGCCCCCACGGACCUUGGCCGGUUUGACAGCAUGGUGAUGCCCCUGGAGCUGGAAGCCUUUGACGCCCUGAAGAGUCGCUCAGGGGAUAUCAGCAUCUCCGGUGGCAUCGAGUCGAGGGCACAGCCGGUGGUGAAGAUCGAGAAGAUCUUCCCUGGGGGAGCCGCCUUCCUCAGCGGUGUCCUCAAGGCUGGGCAGGAGCUGGUGUCGGUGGACGGGGAGAGCCUGCAGAACGGCACCCACCAGCGGGGCUCCUCCAGCCCCACCCCCAGCAGGGAGAAGCUGCAGGUCCCAGGCGCAUCCAAAAAAGGGCACCCCAAGAUGAAGCACCCCAGUCUGUACAACUGGCCCCCCAGAUCAUAA